AUGGCUUCCGAAGUCGCGCAGACAGACCCGGCGCAUACUUCACUGCAAAGUGAAGCUCCCGUCACCAAUGGCGACCACGAACAAGCCAUGGCAAGCGACGGUGUUCAAAAUGUUGAUGCGUUUGAGGAGAAUGCGACUUUACCAAAAGUCGACAUGCCACUCGACCCUGCCGUGGCGGGUGAGUCGCAGUCGCAGUCGCAGCACGUGUCAAAACCUGUUGAGGAUGUUGCGCCAGGUAUAGCUGCCGUCUCAGAUUUCAUUCCCAAAGAAGCGCCAACCUCACAUCCCACUCCCCCUCCAGACGAGCCUCUUGGAUCCUCCGAGGCCAAUGUUGAUGUCGAAAUGACAGAGUCUGAUGCCUUGCCAAAAGAGGAUGCGCAGCUUGAAACGAAAUUGUCGACAGCACCUUCACUAACAGCAGAGUCUGCGCCUGCGCCUGCGCCUGCAGCCUCAUUAUCGGAACCCAGCUUGGUGCGGCAGCGGGAGGACGACGGAGAGGAGGACGAGCCGGCUGCGAAGCGUAGCAAGGUUGGAGGUGACCUUGCGCAAGAGGAAAUGUCUGCCGAGAUGUCUGCAGUCGCCCUGACGAACGGGUCUCAGGCUGAAUCAGCGCAGCAGCCAGCUGAUGCGCCUGCCGCAGACGCGCCUGCCAAAGACGCUCAAGAUCUUUCCGCGCCGGAGGUAAAGCCAGAUGCGGUGGCGUCAGUCGAGCAACCAACAGAAGCGUCGAGUGGACUUCCAGACGCUGCUGAAACAUUGACCACACAAACUGGCGAACCCACCACAGCUGCACCAACGAUCGAAUCCAAGGCGACUACAACUCCAGCCCAGCCUGCUCCAGCUGAUUCAAAACCGCCCGCUGGAGGAGUAACAAUGCCAGCACAACCCACAGCUGCCCCACCUAUCAAUCCGACUGCUGCUGCUCCAUCAGCUGCUCCAUCAGCUGCAUCAAAUGUAUCCGCAGCCCCAACCUACAGCAAAUCACCCAUGACGCAACAUCAGAAAAACUUCCUCCAAGACAAGAUGAAGAAUCUGAAGAAGACCAAGAACUCUGCUGCGUUUCUAAAUCCCGUCGAUCAUGUAGCUCUCGGCAUUCCUUCCUACCCGGACAUCAUCAAGAACCCCAUGGACCUCAACACCAUGGAGCAGAAGCUCAAGUCCGGCAAAUAUCACACAGUGCAGGAGUUUGCCGAUGACUUCAAUCUCAUCAUCUACAACACCCAAACCUUCAACGGCCCUCAUCACGCAGUGACCCAAGCUGGUGCGGCAAUGGAAGCAUAUUUUAGGAAAAUGAUGGAAUCCGUGCCCAGUGCCAGCGUGGCGCCUCCGCAGAGAACGCAGGCUCCAAAGAAGGCAUCUCCAAAGCCUGCAGCACCCCCGCGCAGAGAAGCACGAGCUCCGGCACCACCUGCUGCAGCCGCACCUUUUGCUCUGCAGUCAGAUGGAGUACCACAGAUCCGACGGGAAUCCACCGCGAAUCGUCCAGCUCGCGCGAUCAAGCCUCCACCCGCCAAAGAACUCACCUACGCGAAGCCGAAGAGAAAGGAGCAUCAGCUAGAAUUGAAGUUUUGUGAUUUCGCCCUCAAGGAGAUUCGUAGCGGGCGAUACUCCCAUUGCAAUACGGUAUUCCUCACGCCCGUGGACCCAGUCGCCCUCAACAUUCCGCACUAUCGCCAAGUUGUGAAGCACCCAAUGGACCUGGGCACCAUGACCCAGAAGCUGAAGCAAGGCCAGUACGCGAAGGCGUCGGAAGUUAAGAGGGAUUUCGACCUCAUGAUCCAAAACUGCCUUGCGUUCAACCCCACGGGUAAUGUGGUGAGGGACAUGGGCAUCUCGCUUCAGCGUGAGUUUGAAGCCUUGUGGAGAGGAAAGGAGAAGUGGGAGAAGAGCAUGAGGUCGACUCAGAAUGGCAACUCAUCUGUCGAUGAAGAUGAGAGUGGGGACGACGAAGACGAGGAGGAUGAGGAGGAGGAAGCUCCUGCCCCCAACGCUCAAACGAUUGCCGCUCUCCAAAAGCAACUCGUGGACAUGCAGAAUGCUCUUGCCGGCCUUCACAAGGCUCCCAAAGCCAAAAAGGCCAAGGCUGCGAAGACAGCGCACAAGAAGAGCGGAGGCACGGCAGCUCCCAAGCAAAAGGCAGCACCGCCCAAGCCCAAAGCGAAGAAGGUCAAGAUCGUCUCAUACGAGGAGAAGCAGGAGAUUUCAGAGGCCGUCGGCAACAUGUCUGUUGCCCAGGUCGAGGAGCUCACUCGUAUCAUCACCACCAACUGCAAGAAGUAUGCUGAGCAGGAGGAGAUGGAGCUUGAGAUUGACGACCUCCCCAACGAUGUGCAGUACAUGCUUCUCCAGUAUGUACGCAGCAUUUUCGGCAACCCGAACAAGGCCGCUCGCGGCCCAUCACCUGAUGAGCUGGUCGAUGAGGAUGACGAGUUCGAGCCCGAGCGUGUCAACAAGCGCGCUGGUGGGAAUGGAGCUGCCAAGCGCAAGAAGCACAAGCCCAUGGGUAAGGAGGAACAGCAGAUGGCGAUUGACAACAUUCAGAAGCAGCUUGCUCAAUUCGAAGGCGGCGGUGGUACCAUGCCCGCCUCGAACGGGUUCGGUGGAGCCGGCGAGACUUCUGGCGAUGAUGAGAGCGAGGAGAGCGAGGAAGAGUAA